UUGACCUUUCUGAGUCGUUUUCCUGCAUACUUUGGCUUCCUGCAAACCUAUCACUCAUGCAAAAGCUAGGAUCUCAUAAAAAACCUAUGAACUAAGUGCAUACACACUUGAAGCAGGAGUAGCAUCUUAGUCACACUUAACCCAGCUGGGGAGACUGAGGAAUGCAGCAUACGCGCAGCCGAGAGGCAGAUCUCGACAAAAUGGAGCUUCAGGAUGAUAUCAUCAAGCACCAAAGCGGACAUUUGGAUGAGGUGUCUUUAAAACCAACAGAGUAUGUGAAGAAGAAAACCCUCCUGAAAUACAAAGCCAUCUGUGCUGUUCUGCUGUGUGCUUUGGUGGUUGUAUCCCUGGGACUAGGUUUAGGACUAGGACUGAACCGAGGAGACCAGGAGCAAGUCAGCUGCAGACACAAGUGCAACGAGCCGCACAGGGAAGAGGUGCCCGGCUGCUGGUGCGACAGCGGCUGCAAGGAGCGUCGGGACUGCUGCUGGGACUACGAGGACACCUGCGUGGAGCCAACCCGAUCUUGGAGGUGCACUAAUUUCCGUUGUGGUGAGACACGGAUACCUGGAAGUUACUGUUCUUGUUCUGAUGACUGCUUGCAGAAAAAAGACUGCUGUGUAAACUACAACAGUGUUUGCAAAGGCGAAAUACCUUGGGUAGAAGAACCAUGUGUAUCACUUGAAACUCCUCAGUGUCCAGCUGGGUUUGAUCUACCACCACUUAUCCUUUUUUCAAUGGAUGGGUUUAGAGCAGAAUACUUGCAAACUUGGAGUUCUUUGCUGCCAAAUAUUGAAAAACUCAAAACAUGUGGCACACAUUCAAAAUACAUGAGAGCUGUUUACCCCACAAAAACCUUUCCAAACCACUAUACUAUUGUCACAGGAUUGUAUCCAGAAUCUCAUGGUAUUAUUGAUAACAACAUGUAUGACGUAGACUUGAACAAGCAUUUCUCGCUUUCGGGAACGGAAAAAUUCAAACCAUCAUGGUGGAAGGGGCAGCCAGUCUGGCUGACAGCAAUGUACCAAAAUUUGAAAGCAGGCACCUUCUUUUGGCCAGGCUCUGAUGUUCCGAUUAAUGGAACAUACCCCACUUUGUACAAUGUAUUCAACAGUUCAGUUACAUAUGAACAGAGAAUUUCAGGAAUAUUGAAAUGGCUUGAUUAUACCAAAUCUGAGAGGCCUGAUUUCUACACUUUAUAUAUUGAAGAACCAGAUUCUUCUGGACAUUCAUUUGGACCAGUUAGUGGUGGUGUAAUCAAAGCCUUACAGGUAGCAGAUCAAGCACUGGGGAUGCUAAUGGAUGGACUUAAACAAAGAAACCUGCACAAAUGUGUAAACCUCAUUGUUUUAGCUGAUCAUGGGAUGGAGAUGACCUAUUGCACACAGUUAGAAUAUAUGACUAAUUACUUCAAACAGAUUGAUUUCUACAUAUAUGCUGGGCCUGCACCUCGCAUUCGAGCAAGAAAUGUUCCAAAGGACUAUUUUUCCUUUGACUCAGAAGGAAUUGUUAAAAAUCUCACAUGCAAAAGAUCCCCUCAGCACUUCAAGCCUUAUCUGACACCUCACUUGCCAAAACGAUUCCACUAUGCUAACAACAUUCGUAUUGAUAAAGUUCAUCUUUUGGUGGAUCGACAGUGGCUGGCUGUGAGGGAUGGAAAUUACACAUAUUGUGAUGGGGGUAACCAUGGCUAUAACAACAAAUUUAAAAGUAUGGAGGCUAUAUUCUUAGCAUAUGGCCCAAGCUUUAAAGACAAAACAGAAGUGGAUGCUUUUGAAAACAUCGAGGUUUACAACCUUAUGUGUGAUUUGCUGCAUAUUACACCAGCACCAAACAAUGGAACACAUGGCAGCUUGAAUCACCUCCUAAAAAAACCUUUUUACAAUCCUUCACAUGCAAAAGAAGACUCAUCUCCUUCUUCAUGUCCAGUUUCCCGUCUGACUCCCGUAGAUGAACUGGGAUGCACAUGCAUGCAUAUAUCAAAUGUUUCAGUACUAAACGAGAGGUUAAAUCUCACCACAGAAGAAAUAAAGAAGGCAAACUCAUAUCAUUUGCCAUAUGGGAGACCCAAAGUUCUUCAGAAGAAAAAUGUCUACUGCCUCCUUUCCCAUCAUCAGUAUGUGAGCGGAUACAGCUAUGAUAUCUGGAUGCCACUGUGGACUGCAUACACUGUGAAUAAGCCUGAAAACACAUCUCCUCUUCCUCCCACUGUUUCAGACUGUCUGCGGGCUGAUGUUAGAAUCCCUGUUGCUCGGAGCCAAAAUUGUUCCAACUACCCAGAAGGACUGACCUUCACCCGCAGUUUCCUCUAUCCUCCCAACUUCAAUUCAUCUGCUCUUGAACAGUAUGAUGCCUUACUCACCAGCAAUAUUGUUCCCAUGUAUAGUGCUUUCAGAGACAUAUGGGACUAUUUCCAUAAUGUGCUUCUUCAGGAGUAUGCUAGAGAAAGGAAUGGAGUAAAUGUUAUCAGUGGACCAGUGUUUGAUUACAAUUAUGAUGGCCAUUUUGAUACUCCUGAUGAAAUUAAGCAGCAUGUAAACAAUACAGAGAUCCCUGUCCCAACCCAUUACUUUGUGGUUCUGACUAGCUGCAAGAACAAGUCCUAUACUCCACUGAACUGUUCAGGCUCCUUGGAUGCUUUGUCUUUUAUCAUUCCUCAUCGACCUGACAACACUGAAAGCUGUGCUGAAAAUAAAACACUUUCCGAAUGGGUUGAAGAAAGAGUUCAGGCUCAUUCUGCACGUGUUCGGGAUGUGGAGCUACUAACUGGGCUUGACUUUUACCAGGAAAGAAAGGAACCCAUCUCCGAGAUCUUACAGCUAAAGACAUUUUUGCCAAUAUUUGAGACUGAAAUUAACUAAGUAUCUGUUAAAAAAGUGUCAGUGCUUGGAAGAAAGCAAAUUUAAAAGUGAUUUAACUUUUUUCCUCGCUAAAGUAUGUAAGAAACAUUACUACAGCUCUUCUAUAGGAAAACACACUUAGAGGAGCUAAUUUCUUUUUUCAAAGUCAUGUUCUUUGGUCAAGUGUUUUGUGCCAACUGAAUAAAAAUCACCUAACGUAAAUGAAAUCAUCAUUGCUAAGGCAGGCUUUCAAAAUAAAGAAUGUUUUAUUAUUAGUGGUUUGAAAAAAACCUGCAAAAGGAACAAGUUUCAUAGUAGAGAGACCCCAGAAUUGUAAACUGUGUAGAAAAUAUUUCUAUAAUGGAGCUGGAAAGUGAAACAGUUUGAGAGGAGUGUGUGUGUUUUUUCCCUUGUGUUUAUCAGAGAGGUUAUGGUUAUCUAAUACUAGUAUGUCCUGAAAUGUUCUGAAUUUCUCUUUCUCACCUAUUAAUUCAUAUGGAAACUGCUAUAUAUUUAAAAAACAUUCAGACUCGCAAAAAGUUUGUAUAUAGCAGAAGUGUCUUCUAUGGUCAUCCCCUGUGUUUUCUACUCGGGUUAAUUCAUUACGCUAUUAACAAGUGAAGUGAAGUUAGAGUAAAUGAGCUAUAUUCGGUACCCUUCAGAAAUCUUAAAGCAUUCUGAACAUGAAGAGGUAAAAGAAACACUCUAGCCAGAAGAAUUUUGUCUGGAUAUUUACCUGUAUUUGCAACGAUUUCCAAAUGCCUGGCAAUACCUAAAUGUUUGUGUCUAUUUUUAAAUAGUUAAACCUGAGAUUAGAGCACAAAAUUAAUGGUGACAUCUGAAAAAUAGUCAGUGUUCCUUUCCGUAGUGAUUUUAUAUACAGAUACUCUCUAACUCACACUGUGCUGUACACAAAUUACUUCUGAGGGCAGGUAAGUGGGACAAGGCAGUGGAAAU